AUGUUUAACAGAUACCAGUGCAAAUUUAUGUUUUGCUGCUUAAUAAAAAUCGAAAGUCUUAACACUUUCUGUGUGAAUAUUAAGUUAAAAUUAUUCAAAAAUGAAAAUCUUGGUGCUUUUGUUUGUCUUCAUCGGAUUGAGCUUAGCUGUACCUCAAUUUGGUCCACAAUUUGGAGGAGGAUAUGGACAUCGUCCAUUUGGAGGUGGUGGAUUUGGUGGAUCACAAUCAAGUGCGCAUGCUGGUGCUAG